AUGGAUAUGGAUCUCCCUAUCGUGGAUAUCUUAACAUCCGUGGCCGAACCAUACUUGGCCGAGCCAAACGGCACGCCGAAUGCGCAAACGAUAUACUGCGACCGUGCGCAACUUGAAUGGGAUAUUGAAUGCUAUGCGCCUGGAUAUCUGGCCCUUGAAGCUGCUGGGAAAAGUGGGGAGUAUGGAAUGAGCUGUCUCACCGAGCCCGACAAGAUUCGAUUCGACAGAAAGCCCAGAAAACGAUGGCGAAUAUCACGGCUGGUGGACGUCGUCCGAUGUAGAGUUACCGGCGACGACGCGCUCGCCUGGUCGUUCUACUUUCUGCCGUAG